GCCCAGAUCCUUCCUCCCUGAGGCUCUGUAGCAUCCGGGGGACCCAUCAGAUGGCCGCAGGCACCUUCUCUCAGUGCCUCCCACAAGCAGAGCAUCUGAUGGCCUGAGCAAUGGUUCAGGGACAGGGCCCAGUGACACUCAGAAUUAACCUUGUGUAGUGUUUUAGUCCUGCCCUCGCCUUCGUAGUGUGUGUGUGUGUGUGUGUGUGUGUGUGUUUGUGUUUGCAGCGUAUGAGAAAGACGUCUCCCUUGGGGAUCUGGGGUGUGCACGUACCAUGUCUGGAUCGGUUUUACUCUCCCUCACCCAGCACCGUGCCCUCCCCUCCUUGUCUUUCCUCAGCCUCCCUUGCCGCUUCAGAGUCUACCCCCCAUUUCCUGUUGUCCAUCUUUUGUUUGACUGUUGAAACUAUUUAUUCUUUGGCUCUCUCACAUUGGAGGACCUGUUAUAUUUCAGCCUCCGCAGUUUAUUUUUUCUGCAUAAUUAUGAUCUCAGUGUCCACCCACUUUCCCGUCAGUGUCUCCAGUUUACCUUUCCCGUGGUUGAGUAGCAUUCCGUGUGUCUGUGUGCCACCUUCUCAUUGUCCGUGCGCCUUUGGUGGUCUGUGCACCACUUCCACAUUUUACCUGUAGUCUUGUACUAGUAUAAGCGUCCGCGUCACUUUUGCUUUGCUUGAGCAGAAUCCCUGACACAAGUGGAAGGAGGAAAGAUUACUUUGGCUCACAAUUUGUAGGUGUUUGGAUCCAUAGUUGUCUGGUUCUAUGACUAGGUGGCGUGUUAGAAAAGAAAGUUGGUGGCACGGCAGGCAGGAAGCAGCAAAGGCUCGAGGCAGGAGGAGGAGGGACCCUCAGUGACCACAGUGACCCUCUCCUGUCCUCCCACUGGGCUUCGCCUCCCAGCAUCACAUCCAGAUACAAAUCCACCCAUGGACUAACCCCGUAUCACACGCAUGAUCCAGUCGCUUCCCAAAAUCACCGCCUCUGAGCACAGAAGGCACUGGCGGGACAUCUCAAUGGAAGCCAUAACGGUGAGCACGCGUGUGCGUGCAGUACUGUGGUGUGAUGACUUCCAGUCCCAUGCAGCUGCCCAGAGACAGCAGCUGGGUCCAGUGCAAUUCUCUUCUGAGUGUUUUGAGGAAAGUGCACACCGAUUUCCAAUGUGGUGGCACUAGUUUACAUUCUCCCAAGCAAGGAAGAAAGGUCCUUUGCGCCUACCAGCUGUCAAGCAUUUGUUCCUCAUAGUAGACAUUCUAACCAGAAUAAGACAAACUCUGGUGGUGUUUUGAUUGGUAUUUCUUGAACUGCUAAGACGUGCAACAUAUUGUUAGGUGCUUCUGGGCCAUUUCUAUUGCUUUUCACGAGGAUGUGUUGGUUUCUUUGCCCAACUUUUGCUGGGAGUCAAACUCUAGGACAGGAGUGAGGCACAGAGGUCAGGUGUGUCACACAGUCGGCAUGCCAGGAGCUUUUAUAUUUAGCAUCUAAUAUAGUUGAGUUCUGGUAUUUCUAGAUAUUAGACCUCUGAGAAAUUGGCUGGCAAAAAUGUCUUCCGAUUUGUUAGUUCUUUGCUCAUUCUGUUGGUGGUUUGCUUUACUUUGCAGAACCUUUUUGAUUUUAUGCAAUUCCAUUUGUAGAUUUUGUAGAUUUUUAGUAUUAUACGGUGGGCAUUCUGCUGAGGAAGUCCACGCCUAUGCUUUAUCUUAAAGAGUUUGUGGUUUUAUCCCCAGAUCUGUGGUCCACUUGCGUUCGCUUUUAGCACAGGGUGAGAGAGAUGGUCAGAGUCAGUCUUGUGCAUGUGGAUGGCCAGUUUCCCAGCACCAUUUCUCUGUGGCCUGUCUUUCCUCCAGCGUAGGUUAUUGGCCCCUUAGUCAAACAUCCAAUGGCUGGAGGUUGUUUCUGCGCUCUGUACUCUAUUCCGCGUGUCCAUUGUCUGUGUGUAUUUCAGUGCCAUUCUGUCUCUCGUCUGCCCGGAGACGGAAGUGAGGAAGUCUUCCCCUUCCUUAGGAGACAGUCUGAGACUCCUGAGGAUGUUUCCCUGAGUGUCCCGUUCUCUCACUGAGAGCCGUUCAUCUGAUUCCAUUGCCACAGGGGUGUGUACUGGGUCUCCAGGUGAGUUUAUGUCGUGACUGCUGUGUGUGUUUGCAGAACCUCAAGACACCCUGAGCCAACAGGAAGAGGAGGAAGAGGCAGGGGUAACCUGGUACCUGGAGGAUGGCGACGAUAUCAAUGAUUCACUGUCGUACACUUUAGAUAGAAGUUAUUUGAUGGUUUCCACCUGCCAGGACUCACCAGCGCCCCCCAAGCCUUCCAAGACUCCAGUCUUCCUGGCAAAUCAGACUCCCUGUGAGGAUGAGGAUGCACUGAAGCCAGAGGCCCCCAGGAAACUGAUGAUCGGGGAUCAGCGACGGCCCCCCUUCCUCUGGACAUGGUGUGUCACGAUCCAGGACAAUGCCCGGAAGCUGACCCAACACCGUGAGCAGCUACGGAAAGGGAAAGAGGCUGCCUUCUCCCUUGGACAGUGUCUCCGGCGCCUCUUUACCCAGGAAGAAACUGCUCGUGCGGUUCAGCGACACAGAGAGGAACUGGUGGAGGCCUGCAAGCUGGCCGACCACCUUGUCCUGCAGCUGCACAUAGCAAACUGUGGAAGCAGGACAGAUGAGGAAGAGAAAGAGCCACUUUACCAAGUGGACGAUCAGAGCAGCGAUUUCAGCUUCCUGAUUCAGGCUCAGGCCCGAGAGCUGACCCAGUUAAGGAAGAAGUUGGAGGCAGGAAGAAAUGUCGCAUUCAUCCUCCAAAGACAUCUCAAAGACCUCAUCACGGAUAAUGACUUUGGUGAAUCCCAAGGGCAGAGCCUCCUACAGCUGGCAGAGUGGCGCAGGCUGGCUGAGCGCCUGACCCUCCAGCUCGGCUCAGAGCACCACUGCGACACGGAGGACGAGGAAGAAACAGAGUCCCUGGACUCCAGUGAUGAGCAGCAGGAUGAGAAAGUGGAUGAACUCCUGUCAGGUUCAGUGGCGGAGCGCUCCCUCCUCGGUCCUGGGCGUCCUGACCCACCUUACCAACAGCAGCAUUGCAUCAGUGUUGCCGUCCCUGCAGAGGAGCAUGAAGCGAGUCCUGCACAGGACGGAACCAAACCUGAAGGCAUCCUGAAACCUCAGGAGGAGCAGGCAGCCGAGCUGUCCAGGUCUGCAGUGGAACUGGGGAACCAGAUGUUGACACACAUAGGGAACACUUGCUGCAGUUGGAAGGUUAUCAUCUUCUCCCUCCGUCGCAGAAUCAGGGACCUGCUGUCUCGGGAUGGCCCUGGGAGUCGUGAGGGGCAGAGCCACCGAGACCAUGCUGAGGGGCACAAGCUGGCCGAGCCCCUCGCCCUCCAGCCCUGCCCAGAACCGGGCUCCUGGAGAACAGCAGCCUCGCCCAGCAUCCUCACAGGAAGGAGAGGUGGCAGCGGGAGGCAUGUGCGAUUCCUCACAGCCUCGGCUGAGGCUCGCGCCCAGGGGACCUGUCCCCAAGGGCUUCCCAGCCCAACCUUCGAGGUGCCCGAGGACCACUGUGUGGGAACACAGCCGGGUCAGUACCUUGACCGUGGAGCCGGCAGAGCCACCCUGAGCCUUUCUUCUGCCCCCUGGAGAUUCAUAGGCCACACUGAUGCCGGACAGCAGUGGCUCCACUCGACAGAGCUGAAUUUGGAUGCUUCCCUUGGAUUGGAGAACCCUCCCAAGGCAGAGGGUGAUGCUCUCGGAGGCUCAGGAGAUACCACCCGUGAGAUUCGGGCCCAUGGCCGUCCUGAUGCAACCGCUGUCCCGAGACAGAGGAUGGAAAGGAAACCCCGGUUCCGCCAGUGGAAAAUGGCCUGCAGAUUCCCAGGCGCUCAGGCUUAGGCCGCAGAGGUCCCACAUACUGCUGGAGCCAGGGAAGGUACUGCUGACUUAA